AUGUCUCGACUAGCAAAAACAUUUGAUGUGACAGGUUCUAUCGAAGAUGAACCACGAAGUGGCCGACCAAUAACAGUUAGGACAGAAGAAAAUAGGCAACUUGUUUCUCAAACUUUUCUUUUGAAUCCACGAACAUCACAAAGGCGUGCAUCAGAUGAUCUUAAUAUCUCACGCACAAGCUUACAACGUCUUAUGAAAGAUCUAAAUUUAAAACCAUACAAAUCAAGAUUAUUACAAGCCUUAAAUGAAGAUGAUCCUGAUCGGCGACUCGAAUUUUGUGAAUGGAUCUUAGAUUCAACUCAAGAUGAUCAAACUCUAUUGGAUCAAAUUCUAUGGACACACGAAGCUACGUUCAAAACCAAUGGUCGUGUCAACAGACAUAAUUGCGUUUAUUGGAGUGAUACAAAUCCACACUUUAUCAUCGAACAAGAGCUCAAUGUACCACAAGUUAUUGUUUGGGGAGGAAUAUGGUCAAACGGGAUGUUGAAGGACAAUAUAAUACCACAACUUCGAGAACAUUCAGCCUUUCAAACAAUGAUCUGGCAGCAAGACGGUGCACCACCUCACUAUGGUCAAAUUGUGCGACAUUAUUUAGAUAAUACAUUUUUACAAUGGAUUGGUCGUCGAGGAACUGUUGAAUGGCCACCACGGUCUCCGGAUCUUACUCCAUGUGAUUUCUCACUAUGGGGAAUAAUAAAAGAUCAUGUCUAUGCUCAACAACCUCGUGAUGUGAAUCAUCUAAAAUUAUUAAUUGAGCAAGAAUUUACACCGCUCAAUAAUAACAUCGAAUUAUGCCAAGCAAUCUGUCGUUAUGUAGCAGAUCGUUGUCACAUGUGUAUCAAUACAGAAGGCAAACAAUUUGAACAUUUACUUUAA